ACACUUUUUUUUCCUGGAGGAGACUGCCGCCAAGAUGGCGGAAGUGAAGCAGAAGAAGAAGUGUACUUUCUGGAAGUUCACCUAUUGGGGUGUUGACCUGGACCAGCUCCUCGACAUGUCCUACGAGCAGCUGAUACAGCUGUACAAACCCCACUGCCGGCAGCUCAACCGCGGCCUGCGCCGCAAGCAGCACUCCCUCCUCAAGAAAGAGGCCCUGCCCAUGGAGAAGCCUGAGGUGGUCAAAACCCACCUGCGAGUCAUGAUUAUCCUUCCGGAAAUGGUGCGCAGCAUGGUAGGCGUGUACAAUGGGAAGACCUUCAACCAGGUGGAAAUCAAGCCUGAAGUGAUUGGCCACAAUUUGGGAGAGUUCUCCAUCACUUACAAGCCCGUUAAGCACGGCCGACCUGGAAUCGGGGCCACCCAUUCCUCUCGGUUCAUUCCUCUGAAGUAAGGGGAUUUGG